GAAUGUUUGCUGACUGAGAAAUUGGAGCGGGCGUCAAACUUUACACAUCGUGUCCAUGUACGUCCAAACUUUGGGACGCAAGAUUACGAGGCUGCUGUGCACGUGACUUGUGUUGCACAUGCGCACAACAACAGCGAACAUGGAAGCAGAAACAAAAGAUCCUGAAGUCGGCAAACCUGGUAGAAAGCUGCCUACCGUGCCAGAAUCCGUGUUGAAAAAGCGCAAGACUUCGCAGCGAAUCCGCGAUGCUCGAGCAAAAGCGACGGCAGCAGCAAAGAAAGUUCAGAGGCAAAAACGUAAAGAGAUAUUCAGACGAGCAGAGAAAUACGUGAAAGAGUACAGAGCAAAGGAGAAAGACGAGAUACGGCUCAGACGAGAAGCGAGACAUCAUGGCAACUUCUAUGUACCAGAUGAAGCGAAGCUAGCUUUCAUCAUUCGAAUCCGAGGGAUCAAUGGAGUGAGUCCAAAAGUACGCAAAAUUCUGCAGCUGCUGCGUCUCCGUCAAAUUCAUAAUGGGCAGUUUGUGAAGCUGAACAAAGCCAGCAUCAACAUGUUAAGGAUAGUUGAGCCAUAUAUAGCGUACGGAUACCCGAGUUUGAAGACUGUAAGAGAUCUCAUCUACAAGCGUGGCUUUGGAAAGAUUCAUCAUCGACGAAUUGCUCUCACCAGUAAUGCAAUCAUUGAGGACUCUCUUGGUCGACAUGGCAUCAUCUGUAUCGAAGACCUGGUACAUGAAAUUUUUACUGUGGGCCCACACUUCAAGGAAGCAAACAACUUUCUGUGGCCGUUCAAGUUGUCUAGUCCUCGAGGUGGCUUCCGUAAGAAGCUCAAUCACUUUGUUGAAGGCGGAGACUACGGCAAUAGGGAAGACCAUCUCAACCAGCUAGUGAAACGCAUGAUUUGAAUGGCAAAUCUAUGUUGUAAUUUCAAUAAAGUUGACUUAAAUAUA